AUGUCUGGCAGUGACAAUGGCAUGUUGGUCGAUGUAAACGUGCUCACUUGUCUCGACUUUUCGUGGCGCGGGCUGUGUGGCCAAACCAUUGAGCCUGUGUAUCGUGGCUUGAAACAUGUUGUGGAGGAAGACUUGGACACAGUUGCUAGGCUGUUGUCUGAGCUAGAUCCCUUUGGUCAAGAACUAGAACAGACGAACGAAAAUUUAGAAGUAGCUCCGCAGCCGCAGCCGUCGUUGUCGCCGAGCCCCAGAAUUUACUUGGCAGAAGAAAGCGCACUUACACGUCCUGAAAUUUCACUACCAGAACGACCGAGAAGAAAGCGUAGGCGUUCGUCUGCUUUAGUCGAACCGCUCAUCAUCAAACCUACACACCCUUCUGCUCCGACAAUUAUUGUUUCGCCGUGUCCCUCUCAGGCGCGUGAAACCUCGUCUUGGGUACCGUAUCAAGAUGCAGCAUUUGGCGCGCGCCUCACAGUGCCCACAUACGCCCCAUCAAACAGCGCAUUUCCGCCCCUCGUAGCUCCAUCCAAUCUUGACAACCACGCUGAUGACUGGAUUGUAGAAGAGGGCUGUACUCUAGGAGCAUGGUUUCUAGGCGACGUCCAAGGCUACGGCCUCCUUGUCAGACGAACGUUUGAGUCUGUUGGGCCGAUCUACCACUGA